UCCCUCCUUUUCCCCCACCCCUCUUCUGGUCUUCAGUUUUGUUAUAUUGUUACCGCAGUCGAACGCCGGCACCCCUCACUGUCCCAUUCAGUUUCUUUCUUCUCUCCCUCUCUGCUGCAGCCGUAAGCUGCUGGCUAUCCAGCAUCCCUCCACUGCCCCCACCGGGUUCUUUUCCUUCUUCUCUUCUCUCCCUAUCUCUUUCUGCUGCAACCGCACGCCGGCGAGCCACCCUCGUGUUCUGCCGCAGCCGCACCAGUGUCAACUACCUUCUUUUGCAGCUGUCCGUCGCCGUGGUCCACUCCAGCCUUCCCCCACACUUUCCAUCUUCUUCCAGUCGCUCGCCGUCGAGUUCUUUUGGGUUGGAUCAACUCCGGUUCUUGCUAGCAAUUUUUGGGUUUUGUAAAACAAGGGAGUGGAAUUAUACUCCCAAAAACUCAUGGUCUAUUUUUCCUGACAGGCAGGUGAGGUUGUGUUGCAUAAAGGAUUUUGAGACGCUACAGGCUCCAAGUGAGCAGACAUGGGAGUUCCAGCCUUCUAUAAGUGGUUAGCGGAGAAGUAUCCAUUGGUGGUUGUGGAUGUAAUAGAGGAAGCACCAGUUGUAAUAGAUGGCGUCGCCAUUCCAGUUGAUACAAGCAAACCCAAUCCAAACAAUCUUGAAUUUGAUAACCUCUACCUAGACAUGAAUGGCAUUAUUCAUCCAUGCUUCCACCCAGAAGAUAGGCCUUCUCCAACAACUUUUAGCGAGGUAUUUCAUAGCAUGUUUGAUUAUAUUGAUAGGCUUUUUGUCAUGGUCCGGCCUAGAAAAUUGCUAUACAUGGCUAUUGAUGGUGUUGCCCCUAGGGCAAAAAUGAAUCAACAGCGAUCUCGACGAUUUAAAGCUGCAAAAGAUGCAAUAGAAGCGGCCACUGAAGAGGCACGAUUAAGACAGGAGUUUGAGAGGGAGGGACGAAAGCUUCCUCCAAACGAAGAGUCACAAGUUUUUGAUUCCAAUGUGAUCACUCCUGGAACUGACUUUAUGUCUGUUCUUUCCGUUGCUUUGCAGUACUACAUUCAUCUUAGACUAAACAACGACCCAGGUUGGAAAGGUAUUAAGGUUAUUCUUUCUGAUGCCAAUGUUCCGGGUGAAGGGGAGCACAAAAUAAUGUCCUAUAUUCGUCUUCAGAGAAAUGUUCCUGGUUUUGAUCCCAAUACUCGUCACUGCCUGUAUGGUUUGGAUGCAGAUUUGAUAAUGUUAGCUUUGGCUACCCAUGAAGUCCAUUUUUCAAUAAUGCGUGAGAUCAUGUUCACUCCUGAACAGCAAAAAAAGCGCUUUCUAGCUGACCGUAAACGUAAAGUAAAGAGGAAGGCUAGUGAGUUUGAUGCGAAAGGGGAAGAUGUAGUUAAAAAACCUUACCAGUUUCUCCAUAUAUGGAUACUUAGAGAGUACUUGGAACGUGAGAUGUGUAUUCCCAAUGCUCCCGUUGAAAGCGACAUUGAACGCAUUGUGGAUGAUUUUGUGUUCAUGUGUUUCUUUGUUGGUAAUGACUUUUUACCUCAUAUGCCCACAUUAGAGAUUCGGGAGGGUGCAAUUGACUUGCUAUUGACUGUAUAUAAGAAGAAAGUAAGGGAAGUUGGUGGGUAUUUGACUAAAGGAAGCAAGCCAAAUUUGCGCAUAGUGGAACAAUUUAUUCAAGCUGUUGGAAGUAAUGAAGAUGACAUAUUCCGAAGAAGAGCUAAACGGCAAAAGAAGCAGGCAGGAAGAAUAAAGCUCUCUAAAGCUCUGACAAGAAGAGGAGAUGAUGCAGGGCCUUGGGUUCAACCAUCCCUAGUUGCAGUUGCUCGUUUUCAUAGAUCUCGUCUAGCUUCAGGUCCUUAUCCUUCGCCAUAUGGACAAUCAAGAAAAGCUACGUCCAGAUUCUCAGGACUGAAAAAUAAGAAUAUGCAACGUCCUAACAAAGUUGCACGUCUAUCGUCUGGGGAUUCUACUGGUUCUGCUAUCGUUGAAGCAGAAAACACUUUGGAAAUAGAUAUCCAUGAGAACAACAAGGAAUUGAAGACAAAGGUUAAGGAGUUUCUGCGUGAGAAGUCUGAUGUUUUCAACUCUAAUGGUUCAGAAGUAGACAAGAUUAAAUUGGGCAUACCUGGGUGGAGAGAGAGGUAUUAUAAUGAGAAGUUUUCUGGAAAUACUCCUGAGGAACUCGAUGACAUACGAAAUGAUGUUGUUUUGAGGUACACAGAAGGCCUAUGUUGGAUUAUGCGCUAUUAUUACGAAGGCGUUGGUUCUUGGCAAUGGUUUUAUCCAUAUCAUUAUGCACCAUUUGCUUCUGAUCUCAAAGGUCUUGAUAAGCUGAGUAUAUCAUUCACUCUAGGCACUCCCUUCAAGCCAUUCAAUCAGCUACUGGGUGUCUUCCCUGCUGCUAGUGCACACGCACUCCCGGAGCAGUAUCGGAAAUUGAUGACGGAUCAGAACUCGCCUAUUGUUGAUUUCUAUCCUAAUGAUUUUGAAGUGGAUAUGAAUGGUAAACGGUUUUCCUGGCAGGGAAUUGCAAAGUUGCCUUUCAUUGAUGAAACCCGCCUUCUUGCAGAGGUUGAGAAAGUCGAGCAUACAUUGACGCAAGAAGAAGUGCGGAGAAAUAGUGUGAUGUUUGACAUGCUUUUUGUCACAUCUUCUCACCCCCUCUCUGUUAGUAUAUACUCGCUCAACGACCGCCGUAAGCUGACGGGAAGAAAACGUAAUCGGGUUAAGGAAAAAAUAAACCCUGAACUUAGCUGCAGUGAAGGAAUGAAUGGUUAUCUCUUUCCAUGUUCGGGAGAGUUGUGCCCUCAAAUAUUCAGGUCUCCAGUUGAGGGCAUGGAGGAUAUUAUGAACAACCAAGUCAUAUGUGCUAUAUAUCGGCUUCCGGACCCACACAAGCAUAUCACGAAACCGCCUGCUGGGGUGAACUUUCCUCCAAGGACGGUGAGCAUGAGAGACAUGAAACCUGAACCUGGUUUACGGAAUAAAGAUACACAACGCCACGAAAAUGGAAGAUGCGUGGGAGACACGAGGCCUGAACCUGGUUUACAGCAUAAAAAUAUGCAACGCCACGACAAUGGAAGAUGCAUGGGAGACAUGAAGCAUGAACCUGGUUUACGGCAUAAAGAUAUGCAAUGCCACAACAAUGGAAGAUGCAUGGGAGCCAUGAGGCCUGAACCUGGUUUACGGUGUAAAGAUAUGCAAUGCCACGACAAUGGAAGAUGCAAUGAGAACGCAAGGCCAAAUGCUACUGGAAUCAUUUCAGGUCGACUAUUAGGGGAUGCAUCACGUAGACUUGUUAACAGCUUGCUGGUUAGGAGGGUAGAUUCUAAGGUUGAGGACAAUUGUCAGGCACUCUCACUCCCCCAUACGGCACAGCCCUGCAUCCUUGGGCAACCUCCUUCACAGGCUCAAGAAGACUGCAGAAUGCCAGCUGUGCCAGACCGAACUAUUCCAACGCAACACGUGUAGCCAACGAGAUCAUGGGCAAUGUCUGUCACUCCGAGGCCAUCACUGCAACAUGAGAACUCAUUCCAUGAUCACAAGAUCAAGCAGAAGAAUACAGAACCAGGUGCCAGACCAUACCAAAGGGCAUCACGCCACCUAGAUCGAGUACCGUCAGCCACUCCCAAGCCACCACAGAAAAAUGAGACCUCACUCACACACAAUUGUAGAGCACUCAAUCAACUGAGUUCCCAACAUUACAGUGAGAAACCUGAAGGUUACUACCCAUGGACAUCAACAUAAUGGUGAGGUUGCGAGGACUCAGUUUCCACCACCCCAACUUAUGAGUGUUUACCAUUACAAGUUGGAAGCUUUGGGGAGCAGUGAGCGAGGUGGUGAUGGGUGUCAUGACCAUAUUUAUCUAGGGCGUGUUGCCUGUUGUCAUGUGUCUAUGUUAUGCCACACCUUUAGUCUAGCUCAUGUUGUAUUACUUUGAUUUUAUGUUAAUUAUUUUAUUAUUAUAUUUGUUGUUGCACAAUGAAAUGCCUCAAAGUGUAGUGUAGGGAGAUAUGACUAGUUUUCAAUUCUUUUUACCUAGGGGUAUAUGUUAUUUAAGCUGUAGUUGGCCCUUGCUU